AGAGCAUGAAGUCAGAGUUGGCAGACACACAACAGAAUCAGUUAAAAAUGGCGGCGGCGGUACUAUCUCUAGAAUGGUUCAAAAACAACAUGUCUAAGGGAAAUUGUGAUAUUUCAAAAAGAGUAGGCUUCACUGCAGGAGUAUCGUCAUCAAAUACACGCUGGUCCUCUGGUAAAUUGGUCUUCAACAAAGUAUUGCACAACAAGGGCGCUGGCUACGACUCUUCAUCCGGGGUCUUUACAGCGCCCUCUGCUGGGGUCUAUGUGUUCUACGUCUCCAUUACUUCCUACAGCGACAAUGAAAUCAACGUCGACAUCACUCUCAACGGUUACUCUCAAGUAACUGCCAGGGACAAAGGAGGCAGUGGUAGAAUAAACUACUCGUACUCCUACAGUUAUCAAACUGGCACAAACAUGGCCACCCUUUCAUUGAAACGCAGAGAUCGGGUUUGGGUACAGUAUACAGCGGGAACGGGAUACAGUUCCAAAAGCGUACCAACCACAACAUUCUCUGGGUUUUUGAUUUGACAGGGAUAAGGCGAAAAUGCUUAAAUACGAGUUACUUAUGAGAUUGAUCACUGUUUGAUUAUCUUCACCUUUUCGUGUAAACUUAAGAUUGUCAGAGCAGAUUUUUGAUGUUGGUUAGACAUGCAUGCUUAUACAAAAUGUACUUUAUAUGUCUAUAUAAUACUUCCUAUUCAUUUAAGAUUAUACUGUAUAAAGUCAAUCUUUCGAUGUUUCACAUAUUUACCUUUCACUUUUCUAUGUAAUCCAUUAUACCCGCAGUUUUAACCGUCUUCUCGACCAUUACGGUUAUUUGUUUUCUGCAAUUUCAUUGGUUAAACGGCUUAAUGUUGGCUGAUCAGAUUAAGCGUUUAUUUUUAGUAUUUUAUUGGGGUCUAAUAUAUAACGCAAAAACACACGAGAUAUUUAUUCUCUCUCUGCUUGGAUCAAGAACCUCUAGGUUUCGACUUUUUACAAGAACUUCGUAUCCGUUCUAUUCAUGCAAUUGCGUAUAUCAGGGUUUUUUUUUUUUUUUUACCUUGCAAUAAGUAAAACUAACGUAGAAUUAUGAUACAGUCUUUAUGAGUUCGAGUUUUCUUGACAUAAUAUAAUUUAUGUAUAUAUCCUAGCAGAGUCGAAGGUUACUUAGUGCAAGGUAGAAUUAGAUAUCCCUUACCUGAGUAUUUUUCAUAGUUAGUAGUUAUAUAUUUGUAUGCUAUCUCAGCAUUUAUAUUUAGCCUUAAACUGUAUUACUUUGAGGUGUGUGGAGCACGCUGGUGUAGUAAACUGUUUAUUUUUGACAGUGUAUGGGAGCUCAUUUGUGUUCUAACUUUAGAUUUUUCUUAUCAUUACGGUACAUAUUUUUCGUCAUUGUGAUCUUUUGUUUUGGGUAUAUUUUACAUUUCUCUCUGAUUAUAUUCGUUCAUUUUCAUGGGAAAACUUAUUAUUUGUUAUCAUCUUUUCCAAAACCAUAUUCAUUUAUGCUUUAAUAAAUUUGUAAACU